AUGGUUUUCGAUCCAGUCACCGAGACACAGCGGAAACAUUUCUUUGGACAGAAUUACGGCGCCCAUCUACCCGGUUACACCGGACAUUGUCCCACUCUUAAAUUUCGAGUCGGGAAACGAUUCGGAGCGAGCACGGAAGAAAUCAUGAAGGAAUUACUUGAGAAGAAAAUCCUUAAGACGGGACCUUAUAGGCCGAAUUCCGGGAGGGAUGCGCUGGAAAACGGAUCGAUUUUACACGAGAAGGACGAUAUUCGAAGAGACUUGAAAAAUGAGACGCGCUUAUUCAAAGCUUCUCCAUAUAUCUUGGGAUACACGGGAUAUAUUCCUGGAUUUAAUAGCGUGUACGGUCUGUCAUUUAUGAGAGCCGUGGAAGAAGGUGGUAAGGAAUGGCGUGAGAAUCAAACGAAGCUGAGAGCUCGGAGAGCCGAGACACGCGAUCCGAGAAAUCUCAUGUCCCGCUCGAGACCCGACAAUGUAGCCACUGAACUUGACUGCGCUCGUAAUCCGAAUCUAGCCGCGUUUCAUUACGAAAUUUCACCCGACAGACCACCGAUCGUGGGCUAUACCGGUCAUAUUCCAGGAGCAAAAGGGGAGGUCGCGCUCUCCAAGAGGUAUGCCCAAGCCGCGAAGAAAGGACUCGAAUUGAUUCGAAGAGAGCGCGGCGAACAAAGGCUGAACGAGACGGCGAACGUGGCCGGAUCAGAAAAGUCUUUCGAUGAUGGCCACGUUUAUCGAUCCGAACGAACGGCCGCAUAAAUUCUCUCGAUCCUCACUUUUUCUCAAAAAACGAAGUACUAUGCAAACUUCUACGUGACUCU